CAUGCGCAGUCGCGCUGCACUCUAAUGGAGGACAUGUCUGAUCUGCAAUCGUCUUUUUCUGCGCUGUUUCUCUGAGUUGCGCCCUCAACACCCGUCAGCUUCGCCCGCGGCACCCUCCAAGUGGCAGAAUGGCUUCGGACUCGGUCUCUCAAAGCUCCCAGAGUCCUGCCACCAGGAUCAUGACCUUUCAUCCCACAAAAGAGGAGUUCAAAGACUUCAACAGAUACAUUGCAUAUAUGGAGUCGCAGGGGGCUCACAGAGCCGGGAUGGCUAAGGUGGUGCCACCAAAGGACUGGAAGCCCCGGCGCACAUACGAUGACAUUGAUGACCUGGUGAUUCCCACACCGAUUCAACAGGUGGUCACUGGCCAAUCAGGUCUCUUCACUCAGUACAACAUCCAGAAGAAGCCGAUGACCGUCCGCGAGUUUCGCAAAACUGCCAACACAGACAAGUUCUGUAAUCCCAGAUAUGCUGAUUUUGAUGAACUAGAGAGGAAAUAUUGGAAGAAUUUAACAUUCAAUCCACCACUAUAUGGGGCAGAUAUCAGUGGAACCCUCUACGAUCCAGACGUGACGGAGUGGAAUAUUGGCCUACUGAACACUAUUUUGGACACGGUGGAGAGAGAGAGUGGAAUCACAAUCAAAGGAGUCAACACUCCAUAUCUUUAUUUCGGGAUGUGGAAGAGCACGUUCGCCUGGCACACAGAGGACAUGGAUCUCUACAGCAUCAACUACCUUCACUUUGGAGAACCCAAGUCCUGGUACAUUGUGCCUCCAGAACAUGGGAAGCGAUUAGAGCGUCUUGCUAAAGGAUUUUUCCCCGGAAGUGCCCAAAGUUGUGAAGCCUUCCUGCGACACAAAAUGACUUUAAUUUCACCAUCUAUUCUGAGGAAGUAUGGGAUACCCUUUGAGAAGGUCACACAGGAAGCAGGCCAGUUCAUUGUGACCUUCCCGUAUGGAUAUCACGCUGGGUUUAACCAUGGCUUCAACUGUGCGGAAUCCACCAACUUCGCCACCCAGCGCUGGAUCGAUUAUGGAAAGCUGGCGACAUUAUGUUCCUGCCGGAAGGACAUGGUGAAGAUAUCCAUGGAUGUGUUUGUUCGCAAGUUCCAGCCGGAACGCUAUAAACUUUGGAAAGCAGGAAAGGACAGUGCGCCCAUCGACCACUCAAAGCCCACGCCAGAGGCAGCAGAGUUCCUGACAGAUGGAAAGACCGAGAAUGAGACAGGAGAGCUCAGCGAUAGCAGCAAAGCAGAAACACAGGAGAAGAGAGGAGAAGCAGAGGCUGGAGAGGAGCAGAAAGCAAACACGGACAGUGGAGAGGAGGACAAGACUGAAAUGUUGAAAAGUGAAACAGAUGGUGCAAAGGAGAAUGUAGAAGCAGAGAAAGGAGGUCCGGAGGUAGAGGAGAAGAAGCCUGAUAGUGAUGAAGAACCAAGCAGCACCUCCGAGCAGAUCAACAGUAGCACUCCAAAGCAGAAUGUGGGGCAGAAACGGCUCAGACCCAGCCCUGACGACAAUCAAGUAAAGGUAGAAAAAGAGGACGAAGUUGAGAAGAAGAAAGCCAAACUCAGCCAGACUGAGACAGAUGACAAGAAUGAACAAUCCAUCUCCGAUGACCCAGGUUAUGCGCAAGCUGAGGAGACGAUGGAGACAGACACGCCCCCUCCACAACAGCAAGAGAAUCAAGCCCCUCCCUGCAUGGAGGUGGAGCUCUCGCCAUCAAACCCCACCUCCAGCAGUGAUAUCACAAUGCAGCAAAGAGAUGAUGUCACUCCCUCUGAACCCAACGACGUCACCUCAUCCUCACAAUCCACAAACAGCAUCACUGAUGAUGAGGCUCCGAGCAUUGAUGUCACCUCUCAGUCCGAACACGUCACUCAAAGCUGUGAUGUCCAAAGCAAGCCCGAUGACAUCACUCCAAACGAUGACCUCACUGAUGCGCAGCAGAGUGACAUCACGGCCCAUUCGUGUUCCAGUGACAUCCCUGCCACUUACGUCACGCCUCUAAUAUUUGUAACCAGCAGUAUCUCCUCUCUACAUGGCAUUUACUCCGCCCACACCUGUGAUGUCUCUGCUGAACCCAGCGACAGCACUAUAGAUACCAUCAUCCCUAGUCCAAGUGAGCCUGGCAUUAACUCCUCCCAUACCUAUGAUGUCCAACCAGAACCCAACGACAUCGCGGUCAGCCCUAAACACGAACCUGGAAUUAACUCCGCCCACACCUGUGAUGUCACCACAGAACCCAGUGACAUCACCAUCAGCGCUGAACAUGAACCCAGCAUUGGCUCCGCCCACAGCUGUGAUGUACAACUAGAACCCAGCAACGUCAACAUCGGCAUUGAAAAUGAAUCCAGCAUUAGCUCCGCCCACAGCUGUGAGGUCCAACCAGAACCCAGUGACAGCACCAUCAGUGCUGAAAAAGAACCCAGCAUUAACUCCGCCCACAGCUGUGAUGCCCAACCAGAACCCACCAACAUCACCACCAAAGCUGAAAAUGAACCCAGCAUUAGCUCCGCCCACAGCUGUGAUGUCCAGCCAGAACUGAGCAACAUCAUCGACCCUAAACACGAACCCAGUGUUAACUCCGCCCACACCUGUGAUGCCCAACCAGAACCUACCAACAUCACUGUCAGUGAACACGAAUCCAGCAUUAGCUCCGCCCACAGCUGUGAUGUCCAACCAAAACUCAGCAGCAUCAUCGUCGACCCUAAACACGAACCCAGUGUUAACUCCGCCCACACCUGUGAUGUCACCACAGAACCCAGCGACAUCACCAUCAGCCCUAAACAUGAACCCAGCAUUAGCUCUGCCCAGAGCUGUGAUGUCCAACCAGAACUCGGCAACAUCAUCGUCGACCCUAAACCUGAACCCGGCAUUAGCUCCGCUCACACCUGCGAUGCCACCACAGAUCCCAGCGGCAUCACUGUCCACCCUGAACACGAACCCAGCAUUAACUCCGCCCUCACAUAUGAUGUCAUCACUGAACUCAGCAACAUCAGCGUCAGCCCUAAACACAAACCUAGCGUUAACUCCGCCCACACGUAUGAUGUCAUCAUCAAACCCAGCAGCAGCGCCAUCAACCUUAAGCUGGGCGAGUCGCGGUGCAGCUCUGCGUCAGCGGGCGGCAGUCAGAUGUGUCCACCUGCGGUCCAGCACAUCUUCCAGAGAACGCUGAGCCCCGCGGAGGUGCUGCAUGUCCACAGCUACGCUAAAGGAGAUUACAGCGAUCUCGAGCCGCGCAUUCGGCACGAGAGAGACCGAGACAGCGACUCUGAUAGCGACUCUCAAGAGGACAGCAAGAAAGAAGCUGAACACCCAGUGGAAGCUCAGCACAGACUUCCCAGACUCCCCAGGCACCAUCCUCUGAUGAAGGACAGCAUCAGUGACGAAGAGCUGCAGGAUCAGGCUGCGUCAGAGGAGGACGGGCUGGACGGGGAGGCCUGGGCGCGACCUUUGGCCCAGCUGUGGCAGAACAGACCGUAUAAUCCAGAAAGAGAGAGAGAGUACAACAGAGAGAUGGGUCUGCGGCCUCCGUACUGCGCUGUGUGCGCGCUCUUCCAGGCACAUCAGCGGUCUGAAGGGGCCGAGAGCGAGCCGGCCGUGGUGCUGCCCGGGGGUCAGAUGAGGACCAAGCCUCUGAUUCCAGAGAGAUGUUUCACCACCACCACCGAGGACAGUGCAGACGUCCAGCCGUCCACACCUCACCUGGAGGAGGACGGCACCAGUCUGCUCAUCAGCUGCUCCCUGUGCAGUGUCCGUGUGCACACUAGUUGUUACGGUGUGGCUCCAGCGAGAGUCUCCAAAGACUGGAAAUGUGCCCGCUGUAAAGCCAACGCCCUCACCGAGAGUUGCUGUCUGUGUUCGUUGAGAGGUGGAGCAUUGCACAGAGCCAAUAAUGGCAAAUGGGUUCACGUCCUGUGUGCAGUGGCAGUGCUGGAAGCGCGCUUUGUGAACAUCGCUGAACGAUCGCCCGUGGAUCUCAGCGGCAUUCCCUUACAGAGAUUCAAGCUGAAAUGCUACUACUGCAAACGGCGGAUGAAGAAAACGUUGGGUUGUUGUGUGCAGUGUUCUCAUGGUCGCUGCCCCACCUCAUAUCACCCGACCUGCGCACAGGCCGCCGGCGUCAUCAUGCACCCGGACGACUGGCCCUUCGUCGUCUAUGUCACUUGUUGCCGCCACAAAGGGCCGGUGCAAUCGGAGCGUAAUAAAGCAGGCAUGAGAGAGCUCAGCGUGGGUCAGAAGGUCAUCUGCAAGAACAAAAAUGGACGCUACUACCAGUGUGAAGUCAUACAGCUGACAAAAGCGACAUUUUAUGAGGUCAACUUUGACGAUGGCUCCUUCAGUGAUAACCUUUUCCCAGAGGACAUUGUGAACCGAGACUGCGCUCAGCUGGGUCCUCCACCGCAGGGGGAAGUGGUUCAGGUCAGAUGGACAGACGGUCUUGUCUAUGGAGCCAAAUUCGUGGCAGCUCAUGUCAUUCAGAUGUACCAGGUGGAGUUUGAGGACGGAUCGCAGCUGACUGCUAAGAGAGAUGACGUCUACACACUAGACGAAGAGCUGCCCAAGAGAGUCAAAUCUCGUCUGUCUAAGGCAUCAGACAUGCGUUUUGAUGGCAUGUUUGGAGAGAAGAAGGUCCAGGAGAGCAAGAGACAGAGAGUGAUCAACUCCAGGUACAGAGGCGACUACAUCGAACCCGUCAUCUACCGAGCCAUCAUGGAGUAGCCAGCGAUGACCCAGCCUGCACCCAAAUCCACCAGCACUCAUCCAGCGUCUCCAGCACACCCUGCCAAUGUCAGUAGCGUUCAGUUCGCAGGGGUCGGACACCUGGAUGGGUUUGAUCGCUCCUCGGUGGACUAUUACUAGCCCUCAGUCGACCAUCUAUUCUGAUAUAUGGGUCUAGAGUCGAGGCAGGGUGUUUCACAGUGUCUUUCUCAGAGAAUGCAACUUUGUCAUUGGGUGUCACGCCCUUUUAACCUCAGCGCUGUGAAACUAUGCCACAAACACUCUAGAAACACAUCAGCGUGAACAUCAGGUUCAUGGAGUCGCUCUAAAUUACAUUCGUUUGAUACAGAAUAUUUGUAAUCUCCAUUUCAUAAAAUAUAUCUACUUUUAUCAAAUUGCAUUAAUUUAUUUGACUUUAAUUGAGGGUGCUGUUUCUACCCAUAUUUUACCAAACGGAGGUGCCGUUGCCAUUUUAUGGAUGCGGAUCUCCUUUUUUUUAAAGAUCUACGCUGUCGUAAAUUGCGCAGUUGAGAUCCUGAUUAUUGUACAUUAUUUGGAACAUAAUGAAUUCAGCGUGUCUUUGAGUCGUUUUUUUACAAGCCUAUUUAUUACUGGUGCUUUACAGAAGUCAAUUUUGCAAUAUGAGUUCCAGUGCUGUCGAAGUUCGACACAGAUAGAUGUGUUCUGUUUUUGGAAAGAGGAUCGCGUAGAUACUGAAAUGCCAAGGAUCUCACUUUCACAGCUGUUCAAGCCCUGCCUUGCGCUCUGGUUCAAUACACUUUCAUUGACGUUUCUAUUAAUGUAGCUUCUUACUGCGGUCGACAUUUUAUCAGAAGCCCCACGGAUUUAAUAAGCUAUUUUUGCACUUCUCAGCUGUACUUUUAUGAUCUGUCAUCUUUGUCCUUGCAGUAGCCAAGCUCUAGAGACCGAAAUGCACUUCUGAAAGCUGAGGAGGCCGUUGUUUGGACUGUCUAGUCGACAGCAUUUGAAGAAAGUAAGGUUGUUGCAGUCCUUCAGUUGUUCAAUAGAUAGAUAGGGCUAAUCUUCACUAUAAAAAAAAAGAAAAUUA